AUGCAAACCCUAUCCCGUCCCUCGCUCUCCUCGCACGCCUCCUCCGGCCUCGGUGCCUCCCCCUCCUUGGCCUCAUCCAGUCGGAACCCUCUUCACCUCAAAGUGAACCGACUCCUCUCCGCCAACCUGGACGAUGCGGGCACUCGAGCUGCUUUGGAUACGUUGGGCGAGUUGGAGCUGGAGCAACAGACUCAAGUUGGGUCGAGCUCACGUGGGAGUCAAGAACCAACGACGACGACGACGACGACGACGACGACGACGACGAAUGGGUUCAAUGGCAGGACGACAGCCACAACAACUACUGCUGCAGGGACGCCUAUGAUCAAACGAGGCGCGUUGAGGACACAGGUCGAAACUCAGAUGGCUCAAGCCUCGACGGAAUUCCUACAAGCCUUUUCGGACGUGGACGCCGUAAGCCUAUCUCUGUCGAAUCCUCGCACCUCCACGUCACGUCAUCUCACCUCGCACCUCUCAUCGCCUCCCCCAGAAACUCGGUCUGCUGCAAUCCCACCUCGACGCGAUGCACACAUGCUGCGAUCAGGUCGAACAACAGCUCGCCUCUGCAAACUCGGGGACGCGGUAUUUGCUCGAACAUGUCGAAGGCUUGCGCCAACAGAGGUCAGUGUCCCACAAGUCUCCCUCCAAGAGCAUUCUCAGCACACCCCGCAACAAAACACGACGACUGAUACCAUCCUUAUUCGGACCUACAACUAUCAUAGAGCCACAACAACAGUCCAACAAUCGCUCGUACACUUAUUCCUCACGCGCUUCUCCCUCACCGACAACGAGUUGCGCAUCCUCACCUGUCGCGAGAUCCCCGUCGGACCGGACCUAUUCGCCGCGAUGAACAAGACCGAGAGGAUACGAAGUGAUUGUAGGGCCUUGUUGAGUGGCGAGGCGGGGCAGGGAACGCAGGCGGGGUGAGUUGCCCGUUCAAACUGGCGUUAAGAAGAAUUCGUUCUCAAGCUAACCUCUCUUCAACCCCACUCCACCACAGUCUCGACAUCAUGGAAUACACGUCCCAGCAUCUCGAAGCGGCCUAUUCCAAAAUCUACAAAUGGUGCACCUUUGAAGCGCGUGGGUUCGGAAAAGACGUGUUGGAAGUUUCGUCGACGAUGCGCUCCGCGAUCGAGAGGCUUAGGUCCAGGCCGGAAUUAUUGUCGUUCGUCCUUUAAUUCAAAUCUCAGUCUUCCCCGUUCGGGAGCGCAAUAUCUGAUUUCACUCUCAUUCCCGCUCUCCAACUCCACAGUGAAGUCCUCGAUCUUUUAGGUGCAACCCGCUCAACUGCCAUAUUGAACCUAUUCCUCGACGCCCUAACAAGAGGAGGGCCUUCCGGCCUUCCACGACCCAUCGAAUUGCACGCCCACGAUCCAAUUCGUUACGUCGGAGAUAUGCUGGCUUGGAUCCAUCAAGCUACGGCUGGUGAACGAGAGUUCUUGGAGAGUUUGUUCGGUAUCGCGGAGGAUGGGAGAUGGGUCGGCAGUGUGAGGGCGCAGAAAGGGACGAGGGGGAGAAAAGCGGAGGGAGGGGCGGGUGAGGGGGCGGAGGGGAGUGUCAAGACGAUACUGGACGAAGAGGACGACGAGAUGCGCUUGAGCAAGUUGUUGGAUCGGGAUAUGGAAGGGUGUGCGAGACCUUUAAAGGUGACUUGCCCUGCUCUUUCAGGCUCACGCGCGACUUCGAGUCUGAGCGCAGUAUUCGAUCCUUCGCAGAUGCGCGUGCAGCAAACGAUCAAGAGUCAAGAAGGUGCUAUUAUGGCGUAUAGGAUCGCGACGUUGAUUGAAUUUUAUAAAGUCACGAUGGAGCAGACGAUCGGCAAGGACGCGCAUAUGUGCAAAGUAUUGGCCGAGUGAGUUCGAACGCUCGCGCUCUUGAUUGGCUGCCGCACGGAAAGCUCAUCCGCGUUCGAGUCGCUCCGGACAGGAUCACCGACAGUGCCUACGAGGCCUUUUUCGACACGUUACGCAACCACGGUCGAUCCCUUUUGCGCUUCAUCCAACCUCCUUCGGCGGGACUGAAUGCCCCUCCCCAGCUCCGAGACGCUUUGACGACCCUUCGAGAACUCAUGGCCAUCUUCUCCUCGUCUUACCUCGAGGAUGCGCCCAACGCGUCAUCGAAAACCGAUGUACCUAAACCAAAUGAGGCAGAAGACUCUACAACAACAUCGACGACCCCACCAACGUCCAUGAUCAAAGCCGACGACUUUUCCCCCGUUCUGGACCAAGCCUUGGAUCCUGCUUUGGAGAUGUGCGAAAAGAUGGGGCAAUCGAGACCGUUGACGUGGGAUCGAUCGAUCUUUGCCAUCAAUUGUAUCGAGACCGUUUUGAGUGCGUUGGACGGUUUUGCUUUCACUGCGGAUCGGACGAGACAGUUGAAGGAGGAGGAGGGGGAUCAUGUUGAGAGUUUGACGGGGGAACAUGUACGUUUCUUGCCUGAUAAGGGAGUCUCAGCAGCGCGGCAAAGGCUCAUUCCAAGUGCCCGCCCCCCAUUAUUUUGGUACCGCAGUUCACCUCUCUCCUCAAAGACAGCGGCCUCGAAAAUCUCCUCACCACGAUCCGCACCAAAGACCCCUCUGUACCGCUCUCUUCCCUCCCCUUCGCCUCUCCGACCCAUCUCCAAACCUGCCUGCAAUCCUUCUCCCACUUCCUCUCCACAACCGACACCCUCUCCUCCCCCCGUCUGUCGCUCCUCCCCCCUCGGAUCGCAGCAAGUAUUCAUCGUUCGGCUUUGGAGAGGAUCAGUGGGGCUUACGAGCUCGUUUUAAAUGAGGUGGUGAGGGAUGCGCAGAGGAAUGGGUACGAGGAGGGGACUGUGAGGGGUUUGUUUAGGAUGGGGAGGGACGAGGUGAGGAAUGUUUUAGGGGUCGAGAGGGGGUGAAGCGUGUUGAAGAACUUUUUAGGGGGGGAUGUGUAACCUUUGUAAUGACCCAUGCAACCUGGUGAGAAACGAUUACGCUGCAGCACUCCAGGUCCCGCAUUCUAACUACUCUCUUACAAUGCGCACACCCGCCGCUGGACCAUUAGUUGGGGAUGCAACGCAACAGUCUCCCGCCUUUUUAAAAUCGACGAAGGCCGAAGUCACUGCUGAAGACGAUCCCCUAUUCGUUCCCGAAGGCCGGGUCGGAUACAGUGGGGAAGCAUCGGUUCUCCGUCUGCCAUGACUACGGGGUCAGAGCUAACCACUCGGGUGUUGUUCGGGUAGAGGUAGAAUGACUAGCCCCCUGUCUUGCCCUUGAUCCUGCCAGGGAGGAUACAGCGAGCACGAUGACAAACGAGGCUACAUGUUCAAUUGGUGGCAUCAUAUCGACUCUUUCGUAUAGUACGUGCUAUCUGUGCGACAGUAUUUCGUCGGACUUCAUCCGUAGCUCAACCUCUCACUCCCUCGCUACACAGCUUCGCACACCAUCGAGUGUCGCCCCCACCUCGAGCGUGGAUCCAAGCCGCCCAUCGUCACGGCGUCAAGAUGCUCGGUACCUUCAUUUUCGAAGGCGAUGACGGUCCUCCAGACCUUCUCAAGCUGCUUGAGCUCUCCAACGAAGCUGGCGCCCCGCGACUUACGGCGGCGAGUCUGAGCUACGCCGACGGUCUGAUGUGCGUCGAGCAUGGCUUUGAAGGCUGGUUGAUCAACGUCAAGGUGCCAUUCGUCGAGGGUGAAGAAGCCGAGCAGAUGCAAGCUAUGCUGCUUUGGUUGCGAUACCUCAAGGAUGAGGCCAGACGCCGCAUCGACCCGGCGUCGGUAAUCAUGUGGUUCGUCGUCAUCACUGUCCUUCGAAAUCACGUGACCUUUCUACGGUCGUGCUGACCAUCUCGUGCUCCCGGCAGGUACGACGCCGUCAACCUCCUGGGCGUUGAAUGGCAGAACGAACUGAACGGUUACACACUCCCCUUCGCCGAAGUGGCCAAUUCAAUCUUCCUCAUUGGAGGGAGAAGGAGAUCGAAGACACUACGACCAAAGUCGCCGAGAAAUCGUCGAUGAUCGAGAUGGACCAGGUCUACUUUGGCUUGGACGCCUGGGGGAGAGGCCAGUUCGGGGGUGGAGGCUUUGGUUCAUGGAUCGCGUUGGACUUACUCAAUCGGGUGAGCAAAUCGAGUUUGCCUAAAGUGUCCGCGGGGACGUCGCCGAAUGCGGCCUACUCUGUUGCCAUCUUUGCCCCGGGAUGGACCGUCGAAAGUCUCGGACACGACCUUACAAAUGCCAAGGGCUACAGCGAGUGGUUCGCGGAUGAUGCACACCUUUGGAUCGGAACAACGCGACUACCCGACGCACCAACACCACUUGCACCUGUUGGCAAGCGUGAGGAGACUGCUUCGGUCGCUCCAGCCGCAAUCGACAGAGGAGCCCGAAUUGCUCGGGGCCACGUCGGACGAGUUCUUCGCAUUGUCAUGCUCAGACUUUCCAGAGACUACAGGAUGUGUUGGAGUUCGAGCGGGCCGAGCGUCCCGAAGGUUAAGAUUGUUUGGACAUAAUCUACGCGAGAAGUCCCAUGUUUGUACAGAGCACGGAUCUAUCGUACGUGUAUAUGCUAAUAGGGACUUCGGGAUGUUGAGGGGAUGGACUCCGCCGAUCAUCGGUGCUUCCAAUGCUAUCACCUUCCAUAAUGAGAGUCGAGAAUUGUCUAUACCCGUUAAGCUAUGCUUAGCGCAUCUCUGGGCGUUCAGGCCUGAGGGCACCUAA